AUGGAUCCUGUACUGAUUGUUGGCGCCGGUAUUGUGGGCUUGACCCUUGGACAAGCUCUGAAGCAGAAGAAUAUCCCCUUCGAAAUAUUUGAACGCGAUGAAACUCCCGAUGCACGUGGCCAGGGGUGGGCCAUCACCUUACACUGGGCCUUGGAGUAUAUGCACAAGAUGCUCCCCCAGGACACCCUAAAGCGUAUCCAAGACGUUCAAGUGGAUCCAGAUGUUGCGCUCAACGACAAUGGCAAUUUUUUAUUCAUCAACCUCGAAACCGGAGAGCCAAAAUACAAAAUUCCACCAAGCGUCCGGUGGCGCGUGAAUCGCGAAAAGGUGCGGCGCGCGUUGCUUCAUGGAAUCGAAGACCAUGUUCACUGGGGCCGACGAGUGGUCAGUGUCAACCUGCCCGAGGAUAUAACCAAAGUGCAGUUGGUUUUCGCCGAUAAAACGACCUUGACCGGACGUCUUGCUAUCGGUGUCGAGGGUAGCCGAUCGAUGGUGCGACAGAUUUUACGACCAGAUGCAUUUGACAAUGUGCCAGUUGGAAUCAAUUUCACGGGUGUUGCAGUUGAUUUGACGCCCAUGGAGAUUAAGCCUUUGCGCGACAUGGACCCUUUGCUGUUCCAGGGCUGCCAUCCACCAACAGGAGCCUUCUUUUGGUUCUCAAUGCUUGAGACACCCAAGGUAAAUGGGACUGCGGGAACAGAGACCGAGCGCUAUCGAGCUCAAAUAUGCAUGUCCUGGCCUGAGAACACACCAGAAGACAAAGUGGCCGGUACUAAUGAGGCCCGGCUGGCCAAUAUGAAGAGACGUGCCCAGGGGUUCGUACCAUUCUUACAGCAGGCUGUUGAGCGGAUCCCUACUGGGACAGCCGUCACGGAGAUCAAGCUAGCAGAUUGGGAGUGCCUUGAGUGGGACAACCAUGAUGGUCGUGUGACUCUAGCUGGGGAUUCAGCGCAUGCAAUGACAAUGUAUCGAGGAGAAGCGGCAAAUCAUGGUCUGCUAGAUGCUUAUCAUCUGUCAGAGGCCAUUGGAAAAAUCUACUCUGGAUCUUCCCUGGCAUCUGAGGUCAUCAACGAGUUCGAAACAGAGAUGAGGGAACGGACAAGUCGGGCUGUGCGCCUCAGUCGACAGGCUUGUCGAGAUGCACAUGACUGGAUGAGAUUGGAUGAGACAUCUGCGAUUUUAACCAAGAGGGCUAUUGCAGGGAAAUAA